AGUUGGGCUGAGACUGUAAGUUCAAACGCAAAAUGGACCAGCCCACAGGCUUUUAAGUCCAAUAUGCUUCCUCUCCAACCCAAUGAAUACACACUGUAGAGUAGGCUUGGCCAAUUAGGGUUUUUGAGGUUUCCCUUCCCUUAUAUUCCUCCUCGCCCCAUUUUUGACAGAGCGGCGAUCUUUUCAGUGCGAGAAAGAGGACGACGGUGAAGGGAAAGCUCGGACACAGGGAACUUCUCGUCAUCAGAGCCCGCAACCAUGGUGCACGUCGCAUUCUACCGCAACUAUGGGAAGACUUUCAAGAAGCCUCGUCGUCCCUAUGAGAAGGAACGUUUGGAUGCUGAGCUGAAGCUCGUGGGAGAGUACGGUCUGCGAGCCAAGAGGGAGCUGUGGAGGGUCCAGUAUGCACUGAGCCGCAUCCGUAAUGCUGCUAGAAUGCUUCUGACUCUGGAUGAGAAGAACCCACGUAGGAUCUUUGAGGGUGAGGCCCUUCUCCGAAGGAUGAACCGCUAUGGACUCUUGGAUGAGAGUCAGAACAAGCUCGAUUAUGUCUUGGCCUUGACUGUUGAGAACUUCCUUGAGCGCCGGCUGCAGACUAUUGUUUUCAAGGCUGGGAUGGCUAAGUCUAUCCACCAUGCUCGUGUUCUCAUCAGGCAGAAACAUAUCAGGGUUGGAAGGCAGGUUGUGAACGUGCCAUCUUUCAUGGUCAGGAUUGAUUCGGCUAAGCAUGUUGAUUUCGCUUUGACUAGUCCAUUUGGUAAUGCUGGCGUGAAUGGAAGGGUGAAGAGGAAGAACAUGAAAGCAGCAGCGUCCAAGAAGGGUGGUGGUGGUGGUGGUAGCGAUGAUGAAGGAGAUGCUCAGGAUUAAAGCAGUUAGGUCGCGCCCGACAUCGUAUCUUGCUAUAUCUACAAUUGGCCCUUAAUCUAAACAACUAGUUUUGCCUGCUGUGUUGAAGCAUCAUUUCCAAUGUUGUCGUUUCUUUUGAUUAGAGAUCUUCUGUGGGAACACUCUUACUAGUCUUGCUUCUUCGUUUAGUUAUUAUAAGCACUAAGCAGAUGUUUUGCCUUGUUU